GCCGGCGGGAGGGGAAAGAGCCCGUGCGCUUGGCUGGAACCCAAGAUGGCGGCGGGGAUGUACCUGGAGCACUACCUAGACAGUAAGAGCGGGCGCGGGGCUCGGGCGGGACGCGGCUCGAGGCAGGCGGCGCAGGCGGCUCCCGGGGGGCGGCAGAGGCCCCGAAAGCCCGCAGUCGGGGGAGGGGGGUCGAGGCACCUCAUAUUCCUGCGUGUGGGUCAGUUCACACGUUACGGCAGCAGCCGACCCGGGUUCGCCCUGGUUCCUUUUUAACAGGGCGCUGCGGCUUAAUCCUUCAGUGUGCUCAGUGGUUCCAGUUCCUUGUCUGCUUGAGUUUAGCCCUCAUUCUGUUUUUCAUUCCCCCCCACCCAAGAAGGAAGGGUGGAAGAAAGGAACUGCUUGAUAUUGGCAUUGGUGAAAUUUAAAUGUAAUAAUGUUUGCAAAUUCCACACCCCCUCCCUCCUCUUCCCACAUCCACAGUUUGGCUCUGCCCUGGUUAAAAUAUGGCAGUGCACUCAGAUACUGCUGGACACAAAAACCCGCUUUACAAAACACACACGCACAACAACCACUGUAGUGUGCUUUGUUGGUUAGUCUGUGUGUGUGCAAGCAUGGGGGAAAGCGUAUGCAAAGCUGGCACCUCUUACAUGGCUCAGGACCUCAAUACCUUAAGGACCGCCUCUCCCUAUACAAACUGACCCAGACCCUGAACACCCUUCUCUAUGCCCCUCAUCCCAGAGAGGUUCGGAGGGUGGCAACAAGAACAGGUCUUUUCUGUGGUGGCUCCCCGUCUGUGGAAUGCUCUCCCCAGAGAGGCUUCCUAGUUACCCAUGCCUAAAUAAUCUAUGGUCUGUUAAAGCUGGAGACACUGUUAUUGUGAUUAUUUUAUCAUGCUGUCUGUUAUGUUUUCCGCUCCGUAAAAUGUGUUCUUAAUGUUGUAUACUGCCCUGGGAUCUUUUGAUAAAGGGUGAUAUAUGAAUCAGAUUAUUAUUAUAUGACAGCCUAUCCAGACAUGUAGCAUAUUGAUAAGUGUUUUAAUCUGUUUUUUUAAGCUGAUCAUUUAUUUUAAGCAUUUUUGAAUGUUUAAGAUCAUUGUUAUUUACUGAUAAUGUUAUUGUUCCGUUAUUUUUUAGAAUGCUUUGAUGUUUUAUUGCGGUCAAGUCUCUUGAAGUAAAUAAACAAAAUGUGUUUUAAGGUGUGCACCUACAAAUGUAAAAUAUGGUUGAGGUAAAUGUGGGUAUCAUAUGAGUAUGCUAGUCAAAGAGCCGAAAUUGGCUGCAGCUUCUUUUCACGUAUAUGUUUGGUUAGGAAACCUGAGUUUGUUAACACAAGAAGUGGCCCUUUCUUUCUCUUGUAAUGCAGGUAAAGGUAAAGGGACCCCUGACCAUUAGGUCCAGUCGUGACCGACUCUGGGGUUGUGGGGCUCAUCUCGCUUUAUUGGCCGAGGGAGCCGGCGUCUGUCCACAGACAGUUUUUCCGGGUCAUGUGGCCAGCAUGACUAAGCCGUUGCUGGCGAACCAGAGCAGCGCACGGAAACGCCGUUUACCUUCCCGCCGGAGCUGUACCUAUUUAUCUACUUGCACUUUGACGUGCUUUCAAACUGCUAGGUUGGCAGGAGCAGGGACAGAGCAACGGGAGCUCACCCCGUCGUGGGGAUUUGAACCGCCGACCUUCUGAUCGGCAAGUCCUAGGUUCUGUGGUUUAACCCACAGCACCACCCGCUUCCCGUAAUGCAACUACUUGGCUUUAAAUGGUGUAAAAUUCACCCUGUAGCUAUUCAGUCAACAUGGAGUUAGUGUUGAGCAUACAGUAAAAGAAAGUAUAAAUGAAGGUGUAGGAAAGAAGUAACACAGGCAGGUCCCCACCAAGCUGAUCAUCUUCUCCAUCUCACACUUCUCCUCUUUCUCUAGGCAUUGAGAAUUUGCCCUUUGAGCUGCAAAGAAACUUCCAGCUCAUGAGAGACCUGGACCAACGAACAGAAGGUAAGUCUGCAAAACCCCUGCUGAUUGAGAUUGACUAUGUAAGUCUUCCUUGUCACACACUGAAGAACAAAUAAACCUGGUGUUCGUAUCCCUUUCUGUUUGGUGUCAUGCCAGAGUGCUCUGUUAUAAUUUUGCACCCUGCUUUUGCUUUCAGAUCUCAAAUCAGAGAUUGAUAAACUGGCCACAGAAUAUAUCAGUAAUGCACGGACGUUGUCUUCAGAGGAGAAGCUGGGGCUCCUCAAGCAGAUCCAAGAGGCCUACGGGAAGUGCAAGGAGUUCGGUGACGACAAAGUGCAGCUCGCAAUGCAGACGUAUGAGAUGGUACGAGGGGGCCUGAUUAGGCGGGGCUUUUUGGACAGUCUUUGUGAAGAGCCUUCAUCCAAGCAGAACUGUAUCUCUUUGGGCAGUUACUUUCUGUUGCCAUUCUCUUUGCCUUUGUAUAAGUCUUUGCUCUCUUGGUGGUUGGGACAUAUUACCUCAAAAAUAACGCUCUCCCCCUCUUACCGUGUCUGCAGGUAGAUAAGCACAUCCGGCGACUGGACACGGAUCUCGCCCGGUUUGAAGCUGACUUGAAAGAGAAGCAGAUAGAGUCAAGUGACUAUGACAGCUCAUCUAGUAAAGGCAAAAAGAGUGAGUUCUGGUUUCUGUAGAAGUGGCUGGCAUGAGGGUGGGAACAGGGGCAAAUGAAAGAUGUCCAGAAAUGGUGAUAGUAGAAUUUCAGUCUUCAGAGCAAGUUAUUAUGAAAGAAAGACUGCAUCCUCCUAAAUCUGUUUUGAAUUUAUAACAAAUCUAGAGAUACGGAAGAGGAAAAAUUACUGAGUAGUUCCUUCCAUUCUGCUGACUGAUUCCAUUAGCAGAUGGAACGCAUUGGGUACCAUCCACACAGUUGCUGCCUGACUCCACCCAAAUUCAUAGUGGGGGGAAAUGCUAAUAGGUAGACAAGGGGGGAAAUAUUUCAUAAUGGGUGACUUGAAGUACGCUUGCAUUUGCAGGGUAAAUGUACAUCUAGGCUGCAGCAAAGAGACAUUUUCAUACAGUAAGUGACUGUGCCUUAGAACAGGGAAGUCAACGAGCCAACCAGGAGGGAAGCCUAUCUGGUGCUAUCAAAUUGAACAUAUUUGUAAGCGAAAAGUUGUGUCGACGUAGAAUUUGAUGUUAAAGAAGACACUUCUAAGAAGAAGAAGAGAGGAUUGGUUAAAACAAAGUUAAGGAAGAGAUGCCGACACCAAUUUAUUAUUUAUAUGCUGAUCAUCCGGGUGGCCCCAGCCACUCUGGGCGGCUUCCAACAAAUUAAAGCAUCAGACACAGUAAAACAUUGAACAUUAAAAACUUCCCUGUACAGGGCUGCCAUCAGAUGUCUUUUAAAAGUCAGAUAGUUGUUUAUUUCCUGGACAUUUGAUGGGAGGGCAUUCCUUAGGGCAGGCGCGACUACCGAGAAGGCCCUCUGCCUGCUUCCCUGUAACCCCACUUCUCGCAAUGAGAGAGCCGCCAGAAGGCCCUCGGAGCUGGACCUCAGUGUCCGGGCUGGACAGUGGGGGUGGAGACGCUCCUUCAGGUCUACUGGGCUUGUAUAGACCUUGCUCCCACCUUGACCUGCUCUAUCUCAUCAUAGGAAGUAGCAAGUACUGCCAGGAGAUUAUUUAAAAAGCAUUGUAAUAGAAACUCCAAUUAAAUGUAUCCCACAGAUUAGGAAAAAAUGCAUAAAUGAACCUGAGAAAUUGUAAUUGUGAUUUACUCAAGUCAAGGAAGCUAUAACAGACAGGAAGGCUUCCUUUUUAAAAAAAAAAACCCUUGCAUGUAUGUUUUAUGGUUAUGUAAGUAGUAGGCGAAAUUCUGACUAUUAAGUGGCAUAUAAAUAUCUGAAAUAAAUAAAGUAGAUUCUGCCGCAAACAGAUUGGCAAAAAUAGCAUUAGGAAAACAAAAGAUGCUGAGGGAAAAUCCACAUAGCUUCUGCAAACAGAAGUCCUGCUGUAGCAAUGUUUUAGAAUUAUCCGCUAAUGCAACAGUGUCUGGGUACAGAACAUAAAACAGCGUAGAUGUAAAACGAGAGUUUUCAAAAUAGCAGUGAGGUAUUCGACAGGUCUGCUUUGAGACCUGCACUGUUUGACUUGUUCAUAAAUUACCGUAUCUGAAAUCCUUUGUGAACAUGAGGGCGAAGCUAACAGAUGACACCAAAUGAUGGGUUCUAAAGAACUUAAAAACCAAAAGGAUCUCUCCAGAUUGGGCAACAGCGAAUGCCAUUUGAGAUUCAUUGCAAGUUAGCGCAAAAUGAUGGCCGUUGGGGCAGAAAAUCUUAGCCACAUACACUAAGGAAGUCAUAACUAGUUGUGACUAACCUGGAAACGGCUCUUAAGACCAUGGUGGAUAGUGCAAUGAAAACAUGAACUCAGUGUAGUGGCAGUGAAAACACCAAUUUCCACAUUAGGAGUUUUUGUGGGGGGUGACUAGUGUACCAUUUAAAACCAGCUACUAAGCAGCAGUGGGAAAUGGCUGUUCUUUUCAUGCCAGGCUCUGUCUGUGGAUUCCCUGGAGGCAUCUGGGCAGCUACCAGGAGAAGCAGGAUGCCGGGUUAGGUGGCUCUGUAAGCUGAUCCAGCAGGCUUUUUUGUGUGCAGUGAGAUUCAGAUUUGGCUUAAUUUAUUCAGAUUGCUAAUGCUGUGUUCCAAUGCGGGGAGGGGGAGAGAUUUAUAGAGCUCCAAAUUGUUUUUUUCUACAGAGAUUUGAAAGCAUGCUAGUAGGCCAAAUAAGCUCUGUUUGUCCCAAAGAGAGGUACUUGAUUUGCCCCCCUUUGUCCGUGUUGUGCGCACAGAAGGCCGGGUCCAGAAAGAGAAGAAAGCAGCCCGUGCUCGCUCCAAGGGGAAGAAUUCUGACGAGGAGGCGCCAAAGACAGCCCAAAAGAAGCUGAAACUAGUCCGCACGUGAGUGGGAAGAGGGGACAGGCAGAAGGCAGGGAUCUGUGUUAGUAGAUGUUACCAGUCUCGCCCAAUAUCAGCUCUACUCCAUUCUAGCACCAUCCAUGGUCGUUGUUGUGCCCAGAAACUCUGGCAGACUAGGUGGUCAGUUUUCCUACUGGUGAGGAUUGUGAGAAGUGCCAAGCUGACAAGUUCUUUAUUCCUUAAGGUAGUUGAUUCCAAGGGACAUGGGUGGCGCUGUAGUCUAAACCACUGAGCCUCUUGGGCUUGCUGAUCAGAAGGUCGACGGUUUGAAUCCCAGCGAUGGAGUGAGCUCCUGUUGCUCUGUUCCAGCUCCUGCCAACCUAGCAGUUCGAAAGUACACCAGUGCAAGUAGAUAAAUAGGUACCGCUGUGGUGGGAAGGUAAAUGGCGUUUCCGUGUGCUCUGGCUUCCGUCACGGUAUUUCAUUGCGCCAGAAGCGGUUUAGUCAUUAUUGCCACAUGACCCAGAAAGCUGUCUGUGGACAAACACCGUCUCCCUUGGCCUGAAAGCGAGACGAGCGCCGCAAUCCCAGAGUCGCCUUUGACUGGACUUAACCGUCCAGGGGUCCUUUACCUUUUACCUAGUUUAUUCCAGAGUGAGGUGGGGGUGAAGGGAACGUUUUUUGAUUGCAGGGGUCUGAGAGAAGUCUCCACUGAUGGCUUACUAACUCUGUUUUCCGCCCUGAAGCAGCACAGAGUACGGGAUGCCUUCGGUUACCUUUGGAAAUGUUCACCCCUCCGAUGUGCUGGACAUGCCUGUGGACCCCAAUGAGCCCACCUACUGCCUCUGCCACCAAGUCUCCUAUGGGGAGAUGAUUGGUUGUGACAACCCUGAUGUAAGAGACUCUCUUGGGAGUUGAGGGUGUGGGGUGAGAGGGGCUCAGCCGUGGGGCAAUGUGUACAGCUGCAGAUGCGGGGAAUCUGAAGGGCCUCAUGACAUCAUUGUGGAAGUCAGGAUUCUGAAACUAGAAUAUUUUUGUUUAUGACCUUAGUACAGAUUGGUAACACUGUUUAAAACAUAAAAUGUUCCUGAAUUAGCAAACCACCCUUUGGCUUGCUGUUCACCUUGCCUUGUUUCUUCUUUUUUAAGAAGUGAAUGCCUAUGAAAAAGCUAUGGAUAUGGGGCAGUUCUUUACUGUGUGUUUAUGUAUUCUUUGAGGGACGCGGGUGGCGCUGUGGGUUAAACCACAGAGCCUAGGACUUGCCGAUCAGAGGGUCGGCGGUUCGAAUCCCUGUGACGGGGUGAGCUCCCGUUGUUGGGUCCCUGCUCCUGCCAACCUAGCAGUUCGAAAGCACGUCAAAGUGCAAGUAGAUAAAUAGGUACCGCUCUGGCGGGAAGGUAAGCGGCCUUUCCGUGUGCUGCUGUGGUUCGCCAGAAGCACCUUAGUCAUGCUGGCCACAUGACCCGGAAGCUGUCUGCGGACAAACGCCGGCUCCCUCGGCCUAUAGAGCGAGAUGAGCGCGCAACCCCAGAGUCGGUCAUGACUGGACCUAAUGGUCAGGGGUCCCUUUACCUUUACCUUAUGUAUUCUUUCCCUCAGGGCUCUUGCCAGGCCUCAUGCAAUAGUGCAGUUUUAGCUGAAGGUUCUCUUUUGCCACUGCAUAGAGGAUAAGGAGUGCAUCAUGUCUGAGCAGCACAAUGUGCCUCACUUGCCUCUUUCUAUAAAAAAGUUUUCCUGGAAUGUUGCCACAUUAUCUCUGCAUGCCUUAGCGCUUCUUCAGCCAGUCCUUCAGCUCCCCUCCUUUCCUCCCUAAAGGAGCUGCAAAUGGAGGGAGCGCUAAGUGGAAAUGGCUUCUAGCGACCUGGCACCUGCAGUCACUGCCCAACCCGACAGUUCUCCUUUAGGCUUCGCAACUGCAGUGUUCUUUGAAACACCAAAGCAUUUGCUCUCUGAGCCAUCCCCAGCAGUGUUGUCUGUGUUACACUUCCCAAACUUUGUAGCACUCACGCCCCCAAAUUGAGAAGCUCUGGGUUCACAGGUUCCAUCUGCUCAGUGAAAGAUUGCAUAUGUGUAACAAGUGGUAGGAGAAGAAUCUGGGAAGAGGAUACUGGAUCGGAGCCCUGCCCUGUCUCCAUUUGAGUUUUGUGUCUUAAUUUAUCACAGACAGCCAUUUGGUGAUAACAGACCUACUUACAGCCUUCCAAAUAUUUUCCUGUGUUAAUAUUCAUUUAUUUCCACAUAUUUCCUGGGUCUUCAUCUACUAAUCAGUUUAAAAAAAUAAGUCCAAAUGAGCAUGUGCAUUAAGGCUUUUAUGUUGUUGUUGUUGUUGUUGUUGUUGUUGUAGUAGUAGUAGUAAUAAUAAUAAUAAUAAUAAAUUUUUAUUUAUACCCUGGCCUCCCCAGCCAAGACCGGGCUCAGGGUGGCUAACAACCAAUAAAAAAAACAAGUUGAUGAAAAUACAAUUUAAAAGAUUAAGAUACGACAUUAAAACAUUAGGAUGCAGCCUCUUCACAGGAGGAGAAAGGAAAAAGAAAGAGGGGGAGGGAAUCAAACUGAUUCUAAGCCAAAGGCCAGGUGGAACAACUCUGUCUUACAGGCCCUGCGGAAAGAAAUCAGAUCCCACAGGGCCCUGGUCUCAUGAGACAGAGCGUUCCACCAGGCCAGAGCCAGUGUUGAGAAGGCCCUGGCUCUGGUUGAGGCUAAUCUAACUUCCUUAGGGCCCGGGACCUCUAGGGUGUUGCUAUUUAUGGACCUUAAGGUCCUCCGUGGGGCAUACCAGGAGAGGCAGUCCUGUAGGUACGAGGGUCCUAGGCCGUGAAGGGUAAGUGAGCAGGAUCGAUGUAUAGCUUUAAUUCUUCAGUCUUCAUUCCUGGCAAGUUGUGUCUGCACAGGACUCAUCAGUUCUUCAGGUAGAUAUGUAUUUAGUUGUGUUAGCUACUGGCCUUUGCAAUUUGUGUAGAGUAUCAGAGAAAAUUAUUAAACUGAAUUAAAACACCAGUUAUUUGCGUGCAAAUGUACAGAAUACAUACAACACCCCUUAACAGAUAAAAUAUUAAAAUUCAAUUCAAAUUUUAAAAUUACACAACUAUACAGUUUAAAAUUCAGGACAUUGUUGUGGCCUUAUUUGAAUCAUCACCAUUUGUAUGCUGCCUUUCCAAAGUUCACUAUGCUGAAGAAAGCUUGCAACAUGAAAGCAUGUACAUAAUUACAGCAAUAUAACAAAACUAGUCAUCAUAAAUAAAAAUAUCUCUGUAAGCAUACAGAAAAAGAAACAAUCCCCAAAUAAAUCAUAAGGUUUAACAAUAAAGAUACAAAAAAACCCCAGUAACAGCAAAAUUUAUGCAUCUCCAAAAUUAAAUCUUGACCCCCAGCAAAAAAAAACCCACCUAAACAAUACUCCACCCCAAGAGUGCUUUGCAGGACUUGCAGCAAAAAUAGCUUCUGGCAUCUUCAGCAGCCUCAGCUUUUAUAGCUGGAGUCAGUCCAGCCCCUUCCUCAGGCCAGCUGAAAAGAGGAGGAGCAAAGCAGGGAGCUGGCCUUGCAGGACUCGCAGCAAAGAUGGUUGGUUGCAAUUGGCUAAGUGCCCUCGCUGAGACAGUAUCAGUUCUUUGUUAGGACAUAGAAACUGCACUCGCUGAACUGGUUGAUGGAUUCUUCAGCAGGGAUGAUUCCACUUGUGUGUGUAUUUCUAAUGGGGGGGUGUAACAUAGCUUCAGAGUACAGGGGGCAAAUGAGCCCCAUAGAGAUAGAUAGAUGGAUGGUUAAGAAGCUUUGGGAGAGUCAGGAGCAAGGGAGAAGGGAAUGUUCAUUAUGGAGUAGAAUUACAUACUGAUCCUUUACAAAGACAGUGAUGGCAAACCAUAAGAGGGAGGGAAAGGGCUUGAAAGUGAAGCUCUGAGAAACCCCAAACAGUUCUAACAUUGAGAAGUGACGAGGGGUCACUAACUUUAAGCUUUUGUGCUCUUUAUACCUUUCCCCAGUGCUCCAUUGAAUGGUUCCAUUUCGCUUGUGUGGGCUUAACAACAAAGCCAAGAGGGAAAUGGUGAGUGGCUAUUUGCUUUCUACAGUCGUACCUCGUGUUGCGUCUGCUUCAUGUUGCGCCUUUUCGUGUGACGUCCCGCAACAACCCGGAAGUACCGGAACGGGUUACUUCUGGGUUUCACCGCUCGCGCAUGUGCAGAAGCGCUAAAUCGCGCCGCACACAAACACGGCACUUCUGGAUGCGAACUCUUCGAGUUGCGGAUGUGCGUCCGGGACGGAUUGUGUCCACAACUCAAGGUUCCACUGUAUAGUUCAUGGGUAGGCAAACUAAGGCCCGGUGGCCAGAUCCGGCCCAAUCAGCAUGUUUUUACAUGAGUAGAAUGUUUGCUUUUAUUUAAAAUGCAUCUCUGGGUUAUUUGUGGGGCAUAGGAAUUCGUUCAUUUCCCCCCCAAAGAAAAACACACAUGCUUUAAAGGUUAUUUGCAGUGACUUGCAAAAGCUCAGAACCAGAGAGAAGGUUGUUUUUGUUGAAAAGAGGCACCGUAUCCAACCUUUAGUUGUACUUAUCUUUUGUGGAAAAACCAUUUUCUUCCAAAUGCUCCAUGAAGUCCUGGCAGACUGCUGAAAUCCAAAUUCUAAAAAAACACCUUUACAUAUUUUUGAAACCUAGGCACAGCAUUGAAGGAAAUGUAUGAAUAGGGCCAUCCUAUGACAAGAUGGAAAAUCUGAGAUGAAAAAUCCAGGUGACAUCACUAAUUAACAUAAAUUAUGCUCUACUGGAAAGUUUUCUUUCACUGGCUUUCCUUAAAACAAUGUUUUUCCCCAACUUACUACAAUUCCCAUCAUCCCUUACCACUGGUAAUGGGAAUUGUAGUCCAAUGGGUGAUGGGAAUUGUAGUCCAAAAACAGCUGGAGACUCAAGUUUGGGAAGCACUGCCUUAAAGGAACAGGAGCAUCUGAAUAAAUGCAUGGUGGAUUGUACCCUGUAGGUCAGACAAUAUUGUCUCCUACUUUUAGUGGCACACAGAAUCCAAAUGGUUUUCCUACCCUGCCUCCUGAUAAUGCAAUAUUUGUAUACAAAUUUACUCAGUUUGCACAGCACCUAUUAUUUUGUUUUCUUUUCUGCUUGCAGAAUUGGGAAUUUCUUAAUACGCAAUUCUAGAUGCCUUUUCAUUCUCAGACACCAUUUGUUUUGUGAUUGCUGCUUUUGCCUUGUCUCCCUGCUACAGGUUCUGCCCUCGCUGCUCCCAGGAGAGGAAGAAGAAAUAAAACCUGCGUGUUCUGAGGUCCAGAUGUGGUUACCAGAACACCCACCCCUGCUCCUGGGCUUCAGCACCCUUCUCCCAGUUCCUGGGGUUUCAUAGUUAGGGGGUGGGUCUCAUCCUGAGUGAGCAGUGCUACCUGUGAAUGGUUUGUAUCCAUAUGAUGGUUCCUGCGUGUACUGAAACACUCACUGCCUCCCAGUUCCUCUGUGGCGGCAACCCUUGAGGGGGAAGAUGGAGUAAGCCUUCUUCGUUCUUACAACCUUUUACCCUGAAUAGGUUCCAAAGCUUGCAUUAGCUCAGAGGAACCCAGACUUGUUGGUGGAAGAAGGAACGACACCUGAAUAACAGAAGAAAUAAAACAUUUCCUCCAAAAAUUUCUCAUUUGUGUCCCAGAAGAGGGGCAACCAAGUCAACCCCCUUGUUCAGUAAGCUGGGUAAGAAGAUGGGCCUCUCAUGCCUUCCCUUUCCCCCCCACGACAUUCCACUUCUCAAAGGGAGCGGAGCCAUUUAGAGCCAACUGGAAUGGGUCUCGUUUUCUUCGUGAGGAGGAGCGCCCCCCUGCCUGCUGAAUGAAGUGUUUUGUGGAUUUUUAAACGGAGGCCAUCCAGAAUUCACUCCUCUCUCGGUGGUGCUUGUAUUGGGGGAAACCCCAUGUUGUAAAAUAUGGCAUUAAAUAAAGUCAAUUCAACAAAC